AUGGAGCCGUGGGAGGGACUUGAUAUAGACGACAGUGAUCUCAACGCUUUUUUACACAAGUGCAAUUCAAGUGCAACGUUGAUACCUGGACCUGCUGGAAAUGUACAAGCGGCCAUGCUAAACAGGGACUCAGAUGAACCAAAAUCAACUCAGGAAUUUGUUAACGAGAUUGCAAAGGCAACAUUUGUUCGGGACUUCAAAUCAAAUCCUUGGAUCUGGGCGGAAAAGUUCAUUAAACACCAUGGACUUGUUGAAGAUGGCAACAUGAACAACGUCACUCAGCUGGAACGCGUCAAGUCAAUGCAUGUCCUUCCAUUUGUAGCAUGCAUCGUGAAAGAGUGCAACCCAAACGGUUUGGGUGACAUGAAAAUUGCUGUUAAGGAUCCAAGUACCACGUAUGCUUCGGUGCACAGGAAAGUCCUUCUACAUCCUGAGUUUGCUCAGGAUAUAGGAGUUGGUGUUGUGUUGUUAUUGCAAAAUGUUUUCCAAGCUAACAUAGGUCCUCCAACUGACGAACUGCUUAAUGCUACCUCAAGACCUGACAUUCGACCCCAUCCAUGUGGCAAAGAACCCAACAACAACACAGAAGUUGGUCCAUCUGAUAAGGCUUGUACUUCUGCCUCUAAUAUUGCAUCCACAACCCCUAUGGAAGAUGAAUGACCCUUUUAUGAAAAUUAUGUUAGGUUUCUAUUUGAAUCAUUAGUGACCAGUAAUAUCAGUAAUGUUUUGUAACGUACUAUAAACAGUACUUGUAAUGUAUUAAGUAACCACAUUUUGUGUCGAUGCAAACUAUUGUGUUGUAUUGUGGUUUGUUUUAUUGACAAUGGCAACAAGUUAACAUUUAUUAUGCAGGUAAGCAAACAUCAGAAUGCU